AUGUUCCGUGCAGACAAUGAGUUUGAUACCAAUACAAUUAAGAACUGGUUGGAUGGUAGCCCAUCGAGUGGUAGAAAUUUCAUUGAUUUCGAACCGACAGCCCCACAUUCGUCUCAUCAGAAUGGUGGAGCUGAGCGAUUGAAUGGCAUUUUACAAGAAAAAAUGUUUUCUAUUCUUAAGGCUUCGGGCGUAGACAUUUCGUAUUGGAACUUUGCCCUUAGCCAUGCGGUGUUUGUCCACAAUUAUCUACCAUUAAAUGGCGGGAGGUCCCCCUAUGAGUUGCUCAGAGAACAGAAAAAGGAAUUCCAAGUCAAAGCUCCUUUUGGAUGUCGUGUCUUUAUCAAAGAUUAUCACAGACAAAGCAAGUUUGAUCCUAUCCAAGAAGAAGCUGGCGUGUUUUUGGGAUAUAGCAAAACAACUAAAAUAGUUUUUGCACUCUUAAAAGAUGGUAGAGUGGUUAGAUCCAGUGCUUUCCGUUUUAUGCCAUUAGUCUAUCCUUUGAAGAAUGGUCAGGCCGCGCUCGGCGGUGCUGGUAGUGGUAGUGGUGGUAGUGGUAGUGGUGGUGGCAUGUUUGUUGGCGGAGGAGGUGGCCGCGUUGGCGGUGUUAGUGGUGCUUCAGGAGGUGUACAUGUUCCUGAUCGUGAUAUGUCAGUUGACUCUAUUGCUGCUUUUGAUGAAAACCUUGAAAAUGUUACUCAAGAUAGUUCAUUUUCAGGGGGGGAUGAGUCCUCUGUUGAAGAAGAAGACCAAGCUGAGCCUUUUGAUGUUGAUAUGAGUGAUGCUACUGCUUCAAAAUCCGAUGGUCAAACUACUCCUGAACAGGUUGGUGCUAAACAAGCUUCUCCAGAUCCAGUCUUCCCAGACCCAAUGCCUAGAAGUGAAUCAUCAGGCGAUGAUGGUAAUGGGCUGUCCAGUGGUAACGAUGCUGGUAUCUCUUCAAGCUCUAAUUAUCCUUCCAACUAUUAUGGAAGUGAGGCAAGUGAUACUGAUGAUAGCCAAGCUAAACGGUUUUCAACGUUUGGACACAAAAUGUUCAACAAUGCUCAAGAUAGUGAAAUUGAGAGGUUGUUUCCGUCUGCUACUACUGCAAUGUCAAUCACUGAGGUGUUGGUCAGACCAAACAAUGUAACCCAAGUCAUUGUUAAACCCGUCCCUAGUGAUCUUCCAGUCAAAUAUACUAGAGUUCCUGACGAGAAAACUAGAGGAACUAAACGGGUAGCUCACAGUGAAAGUGAGUCUGAUACCACAACUGGUAUGUUGUUAGAAAGCAAACCAGUAAAGAAGAUGAUUGCCGGUCCAGAGGGAAGGCUAGUUGUUAAAAAGCAUCAAGCUGUGAAAGAUCUUGUCCCAUAUGGUGGAGCCGGUAAAGGCGUUCAAAGAGUUGCUGAUUAUACUGUGCCUUGA